AAAUCCUUCAGAGCUGUACCUUUGUCUCUACACUCCUGUGCCUGAGCCUAAUUAUCAACAACAUGAAUAUUAAAAUCCCGACCGUUCCUUUAAAUAAUGGCUACGAAAUGCCCAUCAUGGGUUUCGGAACGUACAGUGCCACGCCGGAAGAGUUUACCCGUAUGAUAAGCGAUGCCAUUAACGCUGGCUACAGACACAUUGAUGGCGCAAUGUUUUAUGGAAACGAAGUAGAUGUUGGCAAUGGCAUUCGCCAGAAAAUUGAAGAGAAGGUUGUUACGAGAGAAGAGCUCUUCCUCGUCAGUAAAUUAUGGCCGACUUUCAUGAGCCCCCAUUUGGUGGAGCCCACGCUGCGACAAACUUUGAAAGACCUUCAGACGGAUUAUUUGGACCUGUAUUUAAUUCACUGGCCUACAGCAUUCGAGGAAAAUAUGGGUCUAAUACCCAAGGACAAGGACGGAAAUGUGAUAUUUAAGAACGUUGAUUUCGUCAAUACCUGGAAAGCUAUGGAAAACUGUGUCAGUCAAGGAUUGGUGCGCUCCAUUGGCAUUUCUAAUUUCAACAGCCAACAAAUCAAUCGAUUGAUGAAACACUGCACAAUCAAGCCCGUCACCAAUCAAAUUGAAGUUCACGCUUACUUGAACCAAAAGAAGUUGAUUGAACUUUGCCGGCAGCACGAUAUGAUUGUCACGUCUUACGGCCCGCUGGGUCGUCCGGGAUUUCAAAAAGACGCCUCCGAACCCGUUCUCAUUCUGGAUCCCAAAGUUAUUGAACUGAGUGAAAAGUACGGAAGAACCCCAGCGCAGAUAGUUCUCCGCUACUUGACCAUGCAAAACAUCCCGGUGAUACCCAAAUCAUCGACCAAAGCGCGCAUAGAAGAAAACCUGGCUUCGCUCGAGUUCGACUUGACGCCGCCAGACAUGGCGGCCCUGGAUAGUCUCGACUGCGGCUAUCGCAACAACAAAUGGGAAUGGGCCAUCAACCAUCCAGAAUAUCCCUUCAGUUUACCUUAUUAGAAUCUAUUUAAUACAGGCACUGAUGUCUACACUAAUAGCUAUUACCUUUUGUGCAAUAUAAAGAACGGAAUAAUGA